GGGAACCUUUGCUGGCGGGUCGGGUUGCCUGGCCGGACGUUUGGAGCGACGGACCGGCCCCAGCUCUCCGCCAGGAUGGCGGCUCACGCCCGGUUCGUGUCGCGGACGGUAAUGGUUCGAGGCGGGGACGUGGAGGCGGCUUACCGGACACUAACCCGGAUCCUGACCACAGACGGGGUCAUAGAGGAUGCCAAGCGAAGGCGCUACUACGAGAAGCCAUGCCGGAAGCGCAUCCGGGAGAAUUAUGAGAACUGCCGGAGGAUCUACAACGUGGAGAUGGCGCGGAAACUGGCCUUCCUGAUGAAGGCCAAUCGGCAGGACCCCUGGCUGGGCUGCUGACAGAACCCUUCUGACAGGUUAUGGGUCUGGACUCAGCAGUGGGGUGGAGCAGCCAGGGGCUCUCUGAGCGUCGCCUAAUACUCGGCACUGGACUCUCAGCCCAGCUGGAUGUCUGGACUGAAACAGGAUUGUGAUUCUCAAUAAACUCGAGUGGAUUCGACAAACCAAACAUUUGUUUUUCUUUGACCCUCAAAUCUUCACAGCUGUAACCUCCAGUCGCUCCCUCUUUAAUUGCCUCCAGCCCCUAUACUCAUUGCUAUAUCUCUGAGACCCUCUCAAGCUCCUACUCUUCCUGUGAUCCUCCAACUCAUCAAAAUGCUCUUGUGCUCCUCUUGCCCUUUCUAUUGUCUCCUGGACCCUACCAGUAAUCUCCUCUGCCCCUCUUUUCUCCUGAAAAAAACUCUGUUCUGAGCUUUUAGAGACCUACCCUAAAACCAACAUAUAUGUAUGAUUUUUCACUAUAUACAGCUAACUAGGCCUCCAGCCACGGUGUCGCCUGUUUACAGCCCGUCAAGGAGGCGUCAGAGCCGGGGUGGUGUGGCACGGAGUCCAAGCUGGGAUCAGUGCUGCCCCCCAGUGUUCGCUCAGCAGAAGACACGUUCAGCGGCGUCGUUUGGACUCUGGUCGCUCGGCUGGACCUUCCUAUCUUAUACGUGCUCUGUGUGUUUUGAGCUAGCACUGUGCUUUGCACUCGGCCCUGGAGUAACGCUGCUUCAUUUGCCUGUUUUCGUGAGUAUUCAUGUAUGGCUGAAUGUAGGCAAAAUGAGUCAAAAACUAGAUGACAUUGAGAGAGUGGUCAGGAGCCCCGUUGAUAUGAAUGUAACAGAUUUGGCCGAGGGACUCGGGUGAAGAGGCUGGUUAUUGCGUGCUACUCGAUAUGGAGGGGGGAAAUCAAUCAUGGCAUUGAAAAGGAAUUGAUUACACUUUAAUGCUUUUUUAAAAAAAAAUGCACAUCCGCAGUACAAGACGUUCAAAGUAAAAUUUAUUAUCAGAGUCAUACAUGUCACCACAUACAACACUGGGAUACUUUUUCUGCGGGCAUACUUAGCAAAUCUAUAGAACAGUAACUGUAAACAGGAUCUGUAAACAAACUGCAAAUGCCAAUAAUACAUAAAUAGCAAUAAAUAACGAGGAUGGAAUGACAAGAUAAGAGAGUGUAUAAGUGAGAGUAGUUAUCCCCUUUUGUUCCAGAGCCUGAUGGCUGAGGGGUGGUAACUGUUCUUGAACCUGGUGGUGUGGGUCCUGAAGCUCCUGUACCUUCUACCUGAUGGCAGCAGUGAGAAGAGAGCAUGGUCUGGGUGGUGAGGAUCUCUGAUGAUGGACGCUGCUUUUGUACGGCAACCUUUCAUGUGGAUGAUCCAGUUGAAUUGUCAUUCAACUGCACAUGGAAACAGCCGAAUGAAACAGUUUUACUCUGGGGCCAAGGUGCAAAACACUCUACCGACAGUCAUACAAGGUGCAUAUAACACACACUGUACAAAAUAGCAGUUAAUAUUAGCUGAAAGUGAACAAUUCCAAGUUGCACUUUAGCUCUUUGUGCACACGCAUGUAAAGUGACUACAAGUUAAAUGCUAUAGGUUUGAUAGCUCUCUCCUUGUGCUAUAGGUUUGUUAAUAGCCUCUGGAUUCUUUCUUGGCCUCAGGCACUAAUGGCAUGAGAACAAAAUCUCUCUCUGUGCUUGUGGAUUAAACCUCUUCUUAUUGAGGUACCUCUCCCUUGGAUCUUGGGACUUCACUGAGACCGAGGAUCAUGAUCAAUAGGUGCCUCAGAUGGACACAGGGUGAUUUCACGAGUCGGAAUUCAGAGCUACCCCAACAGCGGUGACAGUCAAGUGGCGGCUGAGAAUCGCCAGCCCUGAAAUCUUUGUGGCGAUGUCUGUAGCUUUCCCACGUGGUAUUUAGUGUGGUUUAUUUGUGCUUUCUAUUUUUAUGAUAAUAAAUUAGGCUCAAGUUGC